AGUAACGGAAGCAAAGUUGGGGUUGGCAGAGCAGCAGAGGCGAUUUUAAAACGGUGCUGAGGCUGGUGCAUAUUAACCGUUGCUGAAUCCAUGAGUUCCACUUCCAAAGCCUACAACCUUCCCGGGGCAGCCUGCGCGCUGCGAGAUGAAGGCUUUUUUCACGACCGGCGAGUGCUGCGUGCAGAAGCUGGCCGUCGCAACAGAAGACAGACGCUGCUCGCAGCGCGGAGGCACAUUGAUGUCAGCUGCGCCGAUGAGCCCCAAGCAACUGGAACUGCUGAGGAAGAGAACAGCGACGAUGACGCUACACCAUUCACUCGUCGUAUGAAGAGAUUGAAGAAACAGAAGCAGCUAUUGAAGGUUCUGGCUCCCAAACAGAAGGCCCCCUUUCGACUGCCAAGCCGCGAGCCUAGUCCUCUGCCAGCCCUGCCAGACUAUGCAUCGUUCCGCCAACGACACUUACGCUACUACGACAGCAUCCGCCACACGUUCAGCAGCAACGCAUCAUCAGUGGGCACCUGUGUUGACCGGCACGCCAAGUGUAAGGCUGCGCAUACAGCUUCCAAGCAUCCAGAGCGGCCUCCCUGGAAUGACUCGACACAGGUGUCGUUUGCACCUGUUGGUUUCGAGUUCCAGUGCCAGGUUCCUGGAAGCAAGCGUGCUGCCACAAAGGCAGCCAGCAAAUCGGAAAACGGCAAGGCUGCCGAGGUGAAGUCCAACGCCACCAAGAAUGCAACAGGAGUUGGGACAGCAGCACAGCAGAAGCAAGCACCACUGCAGCUGCCCGACUUCUCGUUCCUGUUCAAGCCUGUUCGCUUCUCGCUCCUGUUUCCAGCCAAAAAAGUGAACAAAACGGAAGAGAAGACAUCAGCUAAGAGGGACACCCUUGCAAGUGUCGGCAACACUUGGUCAGCCAGCCAGAGCAUUAAACUUGGCGGCUCAAUGCGAAGGCAUCUGGCCAGCAAGGAGAACGUGCCAGGUGUUGAGCCUCAACAUUCGACAAAGUCGAAUGCUACGUCCAAGGAAAAACAAGCCAACCUCAGCCCUGUUCCAGCAGACAAGGAGAAUGUGGUGAAGAGCAGCUACAACCUCAGACGAACAAAACUCUUCUGCAAACAAGUAGAUUGACCAUGACUUCAUGCCUCGACCUCUGACCAAGCAGCUUACAAGCUUGGGAAGCUUAAUGUAUCCCAAGCAUCACGUGUCCUGCAGUCGCCAGACACUCGUGCUGCAAGGCUGAGCAGCCCACGUAAAAGACGUGUGCUUGGUUUUCCUCAUUUGCUUGUACUCUUCAGAAAAUUUAACGUCAUAGACUGUGUGGAGCUUGUGUGAGUUACCGCGGUUUCCAAAAUGUUUUUAAUCAGGCCUAUCCUUGUGUUCUGGUGAACUCUAUCUAAAAGUAAACUCGUGGAUCUUUGGAUAUAUUUGAGUGCUCACUUUUCGAACCCGAGUUCAUGGAAAAAAAUUUAUCAACACAACAAGUUGGGCGAGUUGGUAGGUUAGCAUUAUGUAUAUGGGCAGUACGAAACUGAUGAGGGGCAGCUGUCACUUUGCACUCGUGUCGUCCAUUCCUUGUCCUUCAUCUGUGUCGUGCCGCACAUAUACAUAAAAAUGAACUUUACUCUCUCAUGCGGGAUUUGUGUUAUGAUAAACUUAUAACGUGUUAUACCUCAUAUUUUCAUGUGUGCCACUAAAGAUGAAGGUUUGUUUAAACUCAUUUUCAUACAUUCAUCCUUCGACUUGUAUGUUAACAUUUCAUGAAUGACUCAUUCAUGGUUCAUUCACUGUAUAUGACAUUCUUGGUAACUCAUUAAACAUAUCGCCAGAUUUAGGAUGUCUGCUGUCCUUUGCAUGCAUUCAAGGUUGCAGUGUACUUCUUUUUUGAGACAGAGUAUGUUAGAAGGAAUUUUUCAUGAUGACAGUCACAUAGCAUGUGGGAUGCUGCAUACUAGAAGAUUUAGACUUAUGCUGCAGUCAAGUUGGGCUGCAGAGCAAGUUUUGCAGAGUCCACAAUUAUUUUUUUGUUUUGUGUGUGUGCUCUAGCGGUAAGAAGAAACACGCUUCUAAUGGCAUAAUUCACUUGUAGUGCUGCAUUAUUGGGUAGUAUCUAAUUACUGGAGAUAGCCAGACCGAAAGUUCAUGUGGACGUAACAGCAAUUAUGAAGUCCAUAAAUUCUACUUUCAUAUACCAAUGUCCACAGCGGCUGUGAUGUACCAAUUAGCCAAUAGAUUCUUUUCAUAAUUGUAAAGCUAGCUUUCCUGCGAGGCAGUCUACCCAACUAAUGGAGCUGUAGUCAUUUUUACAAACAGUGUCUACAAGCACAGUUUGCUUGUAUUAUGGCAUGGGAAAUGUGGGCACAGCUCUCAUGAUGAAAUCAUGUUCAAGAGACAAGCCCAAGUGUGUGAAGCUAGCACUUGAUCUUCAGUUGAACGAUAGUCAGCAUGGCCAUUAGUUGGUCUAACAUGUAUCCCAAGGAAGUGCACUUUCAAAUUAGGAAAAUGGUCUAGUGUCAGGUGGCCCGCAUAUAUCUAUGUUACACCAAGCAAGUCUACAAGUGUCAGUUGGUCAUAUCCCUUUCAGGUGCCAUGUGUGCAAAUGUUCACCCGAAAUAGUGCAUGAAGGUAUCUAAAACAUGUCCCGUAGAUGUUGAAAUGCUUCUGAUUUUACCUGAGCUGCAAAUUUGAAUGGUACUAUGUAUGAGUUUUAGUAAAAUAAGUUGAAAGAUCGA